GAGUGUAGCGCUUCAAUUCCAAAAUCCGAAGGCGUGCUGAUUCUGUGCUUUUCCCCCAAAAGAAGCAAAACCACUGUCACUCGAACAAGAACAAGAAGAUGAAGAUUAACGUCAAGACUCUCAAGGGGACUCACUUUGUCCUUCAAGUGAACCCUCAAGACACGGUUGCUGUUGUGAAGAAGAAUAUAGAGACAGCGCAAGGUGCUGAUGUUUACCCUGCUGCGCAACAAAUGCUUAUUCAUCAGGGGAAGGUGCUUAACGAUGCCACAACCCUUGAGGAAAAUAAAGUUGUUGAGAAUAAUUUUGUGGUGAUCAUGUUAAGCAAGAAUAAGGUAUCAAGUGGAGCCUCAUCUGCGCCCUCAAACCUGGGAACCCAACCUCAAAGUUCUUUGCCUCCUACUUCAUCAACAUCUCAACCUCCUGCAUCGGCUGUAGGACAGGGAGAAUCCAAUUCUGAGCAGAGUCCAGUUAUAACUCCUCCCACUAUUGCUGUGCCCAGUAUCUAUGAUCAUGCAGCAUCAAAUCUUAUGGCAGGAAGUAAUUUAGAAACAACUAUUCAACAAAUUCUAGAAAUGGGGGGAGGAAAUUGGGACCGGGAUACUGUUACCGGUGCUCUUCAUGCUGCAUUUAACAAUCCUGAAAGAGCUAUUGAAUAUCUCUAUUCUGGAAUUCCUGAACGAGCUGAUGUACCAGCAGCUGUCAGAUCCCUGAUUACUGGGCAAGCAGAAAACUCAUCAAUCCAGUCUACCCAACCAGCUGUACCUACUGGUGGACCGAACACCAACCCACUCAACCUGUUUCCCCAGGGCCUUCCCAAUAUGAGUGCAAUUGAUAAUAGAGGAGACUUGGAUUCCUUGCGAAACAGAGAAGAGUUCCAAGCAUUAAGAGAGACGAUGCGAGAAAACCCCCAAAUUUUGCAGCCUAUGAUUCAGGAACUGGGACAACAAAAUCCUCAGCUAAUGCAGAUCAUCCAAGAUCAUCAAGAGGACAUACUUGACCUUAUGAAUGAACCUGAAGGGGACGAGAAUUUACAGAGUCAGUUGGAUUCCAUGAUUUCUGGGACUGUCACUAUCACCCCUGAAGAGAAUGAGGCCAUUCAACGGCUUGAAGCUAUGGGAUUUCAUCGAGAUAUUGUGGUGGAGGCGUUCUUUGCAUGCAAUAAAAACGAGGAUCUAGCAGCCAACUAUCUAUUGGAUCACCCGGAUGAAUUUAUGCCUACGGACUAGUCAAAAUUCAAAUUCAUCUUCUCCAACUGAGGUUUCCUGUGUUGGUCCUUUUGUGUGAUUUUGUAUUCUGCAAUCUUUGAAGAAGUGCCAAUGUUAAUAUUCUAUAUCUUUUACCUUUGGAACCAUAGCAUCGGUACAUCGUUUUCUGCCAUUGACUAGAAAACAGAAACAUGUUGAGGAAAAAGGCCUUGGUGUUCCUUUAUAUUUCUCCAGCCUAUAUUUACUGUUUUAGUUUUUCACUUAUUUGACAUAAUGAGAAGGUAGAAACUUAAUGAA